AUGUUUACGCCGGUCCACACUUCCUUGGGAGCUCUGCUGCUCUACCAAGCGUCUUCCGGUCUGCUCCUUCAUAAUGGUGCCGUGUUUGGAAUUUCGUCGUUGCUCUCAGGUUGUGUUCUGAACCCGAGUCGCGAUAAUAUCCCCAUCAUUGCAGGGUUGGCGUCGAGCGUGGUGCCGAUUUAUUUGCUUGCGCCGUCGCUGAUACCGAGUUAUCCACCUGCACCGGAUUCAUUCGUCUCUUUCUUGUCCACGGUGGCUUCUGGAUUCCUGCUCGGCUGGGGAACAAAGAAUGGUCGAGGUUGUACAUCUGGUCAUAUGCUCUGCGGUCUCUCACGAUUAUCACCACGUUCUUUGAUUGCCACCACCAUCUUCUUCACCACUGCUUUACUUACAGCGAAUUUUGUAUCGGGGGCUCAGAACAUUCCACCUUGCCCAGGGGGUAUCCCUUGUUACACACCCGUCUACCCAUCGAGUUCAGAGCUCGCCUUCAUGAUUGGUGUCACUGCUCUCACCUUCUUUACAAACAUCUUCCUUAUACCUCGAGGCUUGGAUCGUUCAAAGGAAUCAAGAACCAUCUUCUCUUAUCUGGCAGGCCUGCAAUUCGGAGUGGGUCUGUUCUUUUCUGGAAUGGCGGAUCCAGCAAAGGUUCUACAGUUCUUUGCUUUCCUCACUGACGCUUCCCGGUUCGACCCAUCCCUAGGGUUGGUGGUUCUCUUUGGAAUCGGUCCAUCCCUGGCCACGUAUUUAUCUGCAAAACCAGGCCAAAGCACAGCGGCUCAGGAUGGGGAACCAGCGAAACCUACACUAGCUGACACCUGGAGACUGCCCACUGCGACAGUAGCCGAUAUUGACUGGCGUUUUUUAGUCGGCGCAGUGGUAUUUGGGCUAGUCUGGGGGUUGAGAGGUGUUUGCCCUGGUCCAGCCAUUCUUCGCUCAGUGCUGCAGCCGGUAUGGGGCCUUGCGGAGAUGGCCGGAUAUAUGGCAGGAAACUUGGUAUAGGUAUUGAGCGCAACCUCAGCGAAGACUACCGGGGCAUCCACUAACGAGAAUCUGUAUAUGCAAGAGGAUGGAAGCGUUAUCUCGGAGAAUUAGGCGACAUGUCAAAAAU